AUGGACCCACCACAGCAGAAGCAGUCAUCAUUAAUCACCUCAUCAUGUGCCACCGACGAGCAACUAGUGGCGAAGAUAAGUCAACUUAGCAAGCCAAAGGUGCAAAUAGUGCUCAGCGGAAAGCGCAAGUGCGGCAAAGACUUUCUGGAGAGCCUCAUUCUGGAGCGAUUUCCCCGGCAAGUGCUCUCCUAUCGCAUUUCUGCGCCUAUCAAGGGCGCCUACGCCCAGCAGCACGGUCUGGACUUUGCCGAACUGCUGACUGCCUCGGAGUACAAAGAACAGUACCGCCAGGAGAUGGUCAGCUGGAGCGAGGCAGUUCGGGCUGCCAAUCCGCACCACUUUCUCCGCCUGGCAAUCACCCAGGCGGCCACUCAAACACUCGAAAACAGGCCAAUCUGGCUGCUCAAUGACGCCCGUCGGCCCACUGAUUUAGCCUACUUUGCCGACGCUUCGGAGAUUGACAUGACAACGACGGCGCUUAUUAAACUGCGCAUUACCAGCUCGGAGCUGGUUCGAGUCAGUAGAGGGUGGCACUUUACCGCCGGAAUAGAUGAUCAGCAGACGGAAUGCGGUCUGGAUGGUGAACGCCACUGGGAUUACAUUAUUCAAAAUGACGGCACAAAGGAGGACUUGCUGAGUCAACUUGAGCCAUUUUUUGAGCAAAUCAAAAGUUUAAUAAAUUGA